AUGAAGCAAGAGCACGACUCGCAAACACCAGUGCCAACAUUCUCGGCCGCACAAUGGGGCUCUCAGGUCAUUGACCCAGCCCUGCAGCAACAAUCACAGCAAUCUACAGCGAGCUACUACCAGGCACACCAGCAAUACUAUCAACAACAGGCACAAUAUUCGUACACGUAUCCUGCGCCGCAGGCCGCACAGCAGCCUGUGCAGGCUCAGGUCGCGUCUGUCUCGCGCACAGUCGCAUCGAGCUCGGUGGAAACGGCAGAUGUCGCCAUGCUCAACGAUGCACUAGGGAGUGCAGGGGUUGACCUCCGAGCUGAGGAAGAAACAUUGCAAAGAACAGGUCCCUAUGAUCAAUACGCCGCCUACCGCCCAUAUGAAGACCGUUCGCGGAAACAACCGCCAAAACCGCAAUUCGACACGCGAAUAUUGGGCCCGACGAUGCGCAGCAUCGGCACCAAACACAAAGUGACCAGGAUACCCGAAGACUCUGUCAACUACCUCGCGCUCUCGCUGCGCGCGCGCCUGCAGGACCUCGUUGCCGAGAUGAUUGCCGCGUCCGCGCACCGGACGGACACGCAGUUCGACCGGCCCGCGUCGCUGUACGAGGACGGUAGCCCGAUGUGGGGUAUCGUCGUGCGGAGCGACGUCGCGAAGCAGCUCACGGCGAUCGAGAGGGUGGAGCGGGAGGAGGAGAUGCGUGUGCGCCGCGAGCGGAAGGAGCGAGCGGAGGCGGCAGCGCAGAACGCGGCGCUCGCGGCGCAGGCGAGCGCGGGGAUGGCGAUGGAUGAGGAUGCGGAGGGAGGGCCAAAGAAAAAGAAGAAGAAGGAGGGUCCAGGCGUGACGGCGCGCAACAUGUCAGAGGACGCGCGGAAGAAGAUGUCGAAUGCGGUUGCGAGCCAGGCGGCGGGGCUCGGUACGGGCAAGUACGCAUGGAUGUCGCAGACGAACGUGGCUCCCGCGCCGAUCAAGCCCAAGCCCACGACACCGACGGGAGGGGGCGGGGGCGGGGCGACGACUCCGGCGACGACGACGGCGCCUGCAACGAGUGCGGCGGGGCGGUGGGCGCGGCCGUAUGUGCCGUUGAAACCUCAAACGCAGAAAGAAGAAGACAACCGGAGGGCGAUUACCCUGCGAGAUGCACUGUUUGUUAUCGAGAAGGAGAAGGGGCACGGAGGAGGCAGGGGCUCCGCGAGGGGUUGGACAUAA